UGUGUGUGUGGGGGGGAUGUUGCCACAUUUCCUUAAGCCGGUUGCUGGAGACUUUGCCCUAUGAAAUAUGAGUGAGUGAGAGAGUGAAAGAGUGUCUCAUUCAGUCACUGAGCUCAGUGCUGAGAGCUUGUCCACGAUGUGCAUCGAGUUUGCUCCCCUCAGGUUGCCCUUGGCUCGGAGAAUCCAGACCUUGGCCGUUCUACAAUGGGUCUUCUCCUUCCUCGGUCUGGCUCAGUGCUGUGUGGUCCUGUUUGCGGCGUUGCUGUUCACACGGUUGUGGCCGCUGGGGUUACUGUAUGUGACCUGGUGGUUUCUGGACCGGGAGACACCGUGUCGGGGAGGCCGGCGAUCGCUCUUCCUCCGCAGCCUGAGAAUAUGGACCCACUUCAGAGACUACUUCCCCAUCCAUCUGAUUAAGACGGAGGAGUUGACGGCGGAGAGGAACUAUAUCUUCGGGUUCCACCCUCAUGGUGUGCUGGUGGCCGGAGCCUUUGCCAAUUUCUGUACUGAGGCCACCGGCUUCAGCCGCCUGUUCCCCGGGCUGACACCUCACAUGCUCAUGCUGCCGCUCUGGUUCAGAGUGCCCUUCUUCAGAGACUACAUCAUGUGUGCAGGCUUGGUUCCCUCAGCCAAGGAGAGCGCCAAGUACUUGUUGAGGCAGGCAGGUGGGGGCAAUGUGGCUGUGAUCGCCAUCGGUGGGGCUCCAGAGGCCCUGGAUGCCCGGCCGGGAGCCUACUCUGUGCUCUUGAAGAACAGGAAGGGAUUCAUCAAACUCGCCCUGCAGUUUGGGGCUACCCUUGUUCCGGUCUUUUCCUUUGGGGAGAAUGAGUUGUUUGACCAGGUGCCCAAUCAGGGCUCCGUGCUGCGGACUAUCCAGGAACGGCUGCAGAAAAUGAUGGGAAUUUCGCUCCCCCUUUUCCACGCUCGUGGUGUGUUCCAGUAUAGCUUUGGUCUGAUCCCGUACAGGAAGCCCAUUUACACUGUAGUUGGAAAGGCGAUAGAAGUGGAAAAGAAGGAAAGCCCAACACAGGAAGACAUUGAUACAUUGCACCAGAAAUACAUGGAGGAGCUUUUCAGACUCUUCGAGGAUCACAAAACAAAAUACAACGUCACGGAAGAGAAACAGCUGACUUUUAUAUGAACCUCUUCACUUCUUCAUCUUUUUACCUCUUCAUCUCUUCACCCCUUCACCUCGUGGAGUCCUAUAGCUUAAUGGUUAGGCCUGGGUUUGAUUCCCUG